AUGCUCCGUGCCCGUCCACUGUCAGCUGGGGCAGGCUCUGAUGGAAAAGCGGCUGCUGAGGGUAAAUCCCACGAUGAGGAGUCUGUCAGUGUCGCGGGAGGACGAGGCGAUGAUACGGAUGCCUCCAAAGAUGCGGCCAAGGUCAUUGCGCAAGUGGAAUGUGCUGGCGAGGCGGUGUUCUCCCCGCGUUUCGUGGCCGUGAUCAUCGCCUCACUGACGAAGCUAGGCACCAAAUUUCCGGAAUUCGCUCCUCGAGUGGUCUUGUGUUUGCUAAAGAUGCAACAGCACUAUGCUACGGACUACAGCGAGGGCAUUGAUUUCGUUCGAGAUCGCUUAGCAGAUUCCCUGCAGUUGCUUCGACACUCAGCCAUUUCCAGCUCGGUCUACAGCUCUCCGACCUUGUUAGGCUUUGAGAUGGAUCGUUCCUUGACCUCCCUCUCGGUACUUUCCUCCUUGGGCCAUCUUUCCCAUGACCCUUCGGGCGCGUCCCUGCACGACUUCGAGUUGCCCCACCAGCCUCCCAAUGCGGCUGCUGAUGGACCAUUGAGUGAGCGUCCCACUGGCACAGCCUGGUGGGAGGUACCUCCGGCUCCGUCUCGUGCCGUGGCCGCUGUUGCAACGGCGACAUCGGCGACAUCGGCGGCCUCCUUGGAGAAAUUACGGCCGGAAAGCAGCCCGGAGGCUGCCCUGAAGCUGGGCAGGGAUGGCUGGACUCACGACCCGGGCAUCGCCAAAACCUCUGAGGUCUUUCGAACCGGGGUUGUACCGGGGUUGUGGGUUGGAGGUGAUGGAAGAGAUGAGACUGCCACUGCCCGGCUUGCCGCUGUUGGCGCUGUGGCCCUGCGCCGGGUCGCAAGGGGCGCCAGUCUUCGUGAUAGUGAGGGGCGUAAGAUCCACGAGGCACCCAGCUUUGACGCCCGGGACGGCAGCGACCUGGUCGUAGGGCGCCAAUUGGCAAUUUUCGAGAGGCGACCCUUUGGGGUAUUGGCCUAUGCACCUAGCAGGAAUGGCAUUGGCGCAAUGGUGUGGGAACUUGGCCAGGAAAGAUAUGUGGGCGAUCCUCAAGGGCGGGCUGCAAGGCAAGGUGUGGUGGAGAGAAUGGUGGUGAAGCGCAUCAACGGCACAGACAUCUCGACUUGGCAGUUCCAAGAUAUUUUGGACCUGUUGAACGACAAGAUCUUGGACAAUUCCAGUGGCAAGUUUCAGAGUCUCUCCAGGGGACAGAUGACCAAUUCACCCGCAGAGCUGCCGGUGACGAUAGAGUUUGUCCAGCUGAAACAAGCAGAUAAGACUCCAGCAGGACCUUCUCCACCUAUCGACCUGGACCCAGAGCCGUGCCCAGCGGGACUCCUGUCGUACGAGGGGCACGUGGACGACGAUUUCUUGGAGCGACUGCUCCGUAUACAGCGGGACCAUGCUGGGCAGGUCAUUCUCUCCAUUGACGAUGCCGUUCGCUUGGUGGACGACGUUGCCGAGCUCUUGCGGAAGGAGGAGACGUUGCAGCGGGUUCAGCUUCAGCAAGUGGUGGUGGUGGGGGACCUUCAUGGACAGUUCUUUGACCUACUGCGGAUCUUUGAUACCACCGGAAAGGUAAGCGAAUCGAAUCCAUACCUCUUCAAUGGAGAUUUUGUGGAUCGUGGUGCUUUUUCUCUGGAGACCAUCCUGCUGCUCUUCGCGUUGAAACUUCGCUUUCCAAGAGCAGUUUUCAUGAACCGCGGGAAUCACGAAGCAGCGGAUUUGAAUUUGAGAUACGGCUUCGCUGCAGAGAUUCGAGAGCGCUAUGGUGCGGCUGGCAAGCGUUUGUUCGAUGCCUUCGCCGAAAGCUUUCGAUGGCUACCUUUAGCACAUGUGCUAAAUGACGAGGUCUUUGUGGUCCACGCCGGGUUGCCGGGUCCAGAUCCCCGUUUGCCCUUCAACGAUGCGGGUGGCAAGGGCACGGGUUACGAUGCCAUGGUGGACAGCGGCCGCCGGGGCGGGGGCCAGAACCUGUCACUGUUGGGCUACAACCCGGACAACGUCAGCCUGCCGCCGCGGCGCCAUGAGCUGAGCCUCCAGGACAUCGCCAACCUGCCGCGCGGCGGCGACCCGGCCACGGACCUGCGGGACUUGGAACGGCUGCCGGAGGCGGAGGCGGAGGUGCAGCGUUUGAUCGUCGAUCUUCUCUGGGCGGAUCCUCGUGGAAAGACCGGCUAUGGUCCCUCCUACCGCGUGCGCAAGGGUUGCUACAUCUUUGGCCCCGACGUGACCACGGCCUUCCUCCGAAAGAAUCAGCUGCGACUAAUGAUCCGAUCGCAUGAAGUCAAGGUGCAGGGCUAUGAAUGGACUCACUCUGACUGCAUCACAGUGUUUUCAGCUCCCAACUAUUUGGGCCAUGCCCGGAACAAGGGCGCCGUAGUCAAGUUGACCUUGAAUGAAGAAGGUCAUUUGACACCAUCCUUCAUUACAUAUAACUGGACUCGACGUUUGAGUCGAUCCAGUCGAUGCAGCUCGCGCCGCGCUCCUGCCAUGUGCAGAGCACUGGUAGGUCGCUGUCAGCAACGCGCAGAAAAGGAGAUGCAGUGUUGCAGACUGUUGCAGAUUGUGGAAACGAACAAAAGUGCCCGUGCGCCCAGUGUUGCAAGUGGACGACAGGUGGCGACAACUGGGCGCUUUUGGAUGGGGAAAAGGCCUGAGAAAACGCUUCCAAAAGAAACCGCGGUGGAUGUGGAAGUGGCUGGCUCUGGCGAUUCCUCCAGUGGAUCCAGGUCGGCCCCGAGCGCACCAAGAUCAGAGUCAGGACACAGCUCAGCCGAAGAAGGAAGUUUGAGAUCAGCGACCAUAGCAACUGCACUGGAGACAAGCGAGGAGCCUCCAAACUUAGAAGAUACGGCCAGGAUUCCUUCAGGUCACGAAGUACCCGAAGGUCCAGUCGUGGACGCAUCAUCUGCUGCCUCGGCGGGAGAAGUGACGCCUAUGUCACACGAGGAACAAAAAAUGCUGCAGCAGACCGGGGAUGGUAGGGCGAAAAGGUCUGCUUUUGUAGUAGGCUACCCAUCUGGCCGUGGCUUCAACCUCUUCAUGAUUCCACCCUUGGUGCUUUUGACAGGUUGCUCCCUUCUGCGUCCUUCACCGGUGACCCAUGGCAUUUUAUCCUGGAGCGUCUUGUCUUACAUGGUGCUGGACACGACAUACAAUCUUUUGGCACCCGAUUGUCAACCAACUUGGAAGAGGUGGGUCACUAUUCUGCUCCACCAUGUGACCGCUGCUUGGUUGGUGUGUUUUCCCAUUCAUCACCCGGACUUCGCGCAUCUGACGGCAUACUGUACCACCGUUGAAGUGAAUACGCUCUUCCUGACGUUGUACAAGGUUUUCAAAUGGAACUUUGCUCAGACUGGCCAUUUGGUCUCCUGGGCUGUCCUGAGAUUGCUGUGGUAUCCCUACCUGGUGUAUCAUUUCCAUGAGGUGGUCAGUGGAGGAGGCUUCAAGGCUGGAUCCUACGAGCAUUUCCAGUCUGUGCCCCAGCCCUUGGCACCGCGGCAGCCGAAGGUGGGGGAGGUGUUGCUGGGGCCUAGGAGGCUCCAGGAUGGUAUGGAGACCUGGAGAUGGGAGAAAAAGGAUGAGAUUGCCAUGGUGCGCGGAGGAAUUCAAACGCUUUGCAGUCGAGGCUUUAUCUACCUGCUGUGCUUGAGAUAUUCCCCUGAUGGACAGCCAGCCAGUCGCAGCCCCUACUACAAAAUCGGUGGCACGCGGGACAUGCAGCAGCGCUUGCGAGCCUACGUCACCUCGCAGCCCUUUCGGCCAGAGGUGUUGCAAGAGGUUGCGGUCCCUGACUGGCGUGCAGCAGAAGCGAGGAUUCUGAAGGCCUUUCCCAGGAGUGAUGAUUUGGAUGGUGGAGAAGAGUGGCGUCGCUUCUCUCCUGAUGAGGUCAAAGAGGUCAUGACAGAAAUGGAGAAGGAGUCGCACAUUUGGACUGAUUUGGCUGAGCAGUCAGUCCCAUUGCACUUGGCUCGCCAAGUACUGCAACCCGUGUCAUUCACCGAAUUUUCCGCCUAUGAUGCCAUUCCAAAUAGCUUGGAAUCGAUUCACCAAUACGCAGCCAAUAUGGUGUUACAAACCUGGAUGAAGCAAGAAAGUGCCAGGGCUACUGUCAUGAUGCCCGAGCAUACUGGCUUGCCACAAGUUGGCAUAGAGGUCUUGAAGGCCAUGCUUCGCCUCGGAAUGACUCUGCAGCUGGUUGUGGUUGUUACGGAUCAUCUUGAAGAUGCUAAUGCCACAUGGUCUGCUGCGGCAAUUGACGGCCUGGCAAUGUUCUGUUUGAAUGAGCGAAAUUCGAAUUCGGGUCGCAACUGGAAGGGAGACCCUGGCAGUGUAGCAACAGAGGAUGGUUCUCAGCUUGCCAACAGACGCGAAGAACUUGUAAAUUUCUUGAAGGGUGAAAGUCGCCGCAAGGUUGUCAUUUUGUUUGGCCAAUACUAUGACCUUUUCAAGUCAGUAUUGGAAGAAACGCAAGAUUUGACAGUCGAUGUGAUGAUUGACGACAAUUUCUUGAGUACUGCAUUCAAUCGAUUGAGCAAACGUUCCUUGCAUGGCAUGUUUGACGAUGGGUAUCUGCCAGUUCGUCACAGGCUGUGUUUGUCAAGUUCAGCGAUUUGUUGCCAGUGGACGACCAAGAAAGUGCCGAAAUAUGGAGGGCUUCAUUCUGAAAUCGCCAAGUCGUUAGACUGCGGCCCAGUUGCAUUUCAUUUGCCAAGAUCGGCUGCUGUGCAGCGGGGCCUUGUGCGUCCAGUCAAGAUUUGGCCUUGGACAGCGGCUGAGCUAGGGAGGAACUUCAGGGCUAGAAGCCCCAAGCACCAGGCGGAGGCGAUCAUAUCUUUCCUGCAAAGACAUCCAGCACGGAGCCUGUACGCUUUCCUUCCCAAAAACGAGGCUGCUCAGGAGUUGGAUGAUGAGCUGUGUGACAAAGUGAAGUCCUUUUUUUUACACGCUGGCAUGAACACCUCGGAAAGGUGUGGCUGCUAUUCGGAGCUCUUUGCUGCUAAAGAGUCGGUGGCAGUUAGCAGCGUAUAUAUCGUCCUGGAAAAUCGAAGUGCUCCUGCUGUUGAGGCCGCAUUUGCUGCUGGGAAGAUUAGCAGCUUGCAUGUUGGCAGAAUGAUUGGCCUCGUCAGUAAACUUUUAGACCAACCAUCACACGACUAUGGAUCCAUCUUAGUUCUUCACGACAAGACCCAAGACAGUGAGAUCUUGCUGAUUUUGGUGCUGGCCGCUGUAGUUGCCGAAGAUCCCUUGAUGAUUCAAAGUCUGAGACAAGUGGUUCUUCUUUCGGUGGCCCUCAACAAGGACCUGCCUUCGCAGGAAUGGCCUCCGGAAAUUCGGGACCUGGUGAGCGAUGGCUGCAUCAUCCCGCGACAUGUGCUUGCCCACGCACUGAAGAUUGUAAGCGCAAGCCACUGGGUGAGAGAAUGUCUAAACUUGUGCUGGGAUUUGCUGGUGUAUAUCCUCUACAAACUGUGCUCCAGACAUGUUGUAUCGUUUUGGAUUGUUCCAAGCUGA